ACCUGCUGUAGCCGUUGAUGGGGUCUAGUGUAGAAUACUGAAUACUAGGGUUGUCAAUUGAUUACUGUAGCGGCUUUUUUUUUAAUUUUUCAAUCGUUUGAUCCAUCUCCUUUGGGGCUCUCUGUCUGGGGUUGGACCGCGGGGUUGGCUAAGUGAUUUUGUCUGCUGUUGGCCCUCUUUUCUUCUUCCUCGUCUUUUCCACUUUCUCUCUCGGCCCACUUUCUCGCCCACCUCUCGACAACCGCCCCAGGAGAGCUCCUCAGCCGAGCAAUCUGCAGACAUUGCAUUGCGCUUUCCCGACGACAUGGCGUCCCCGAUCGCAUCCGCCGCGCUCAAGGCGCGCGUCAAGCGGCCUUCGAUGCUGAAGCAGCUUUGCCAGCCCAAGGACCUGUUGCACCACUUCCCCAACGGCUCGUAUAUCGGAUGGUCGGGAUUUACGGGCGUCGGCUAUCCCAAGAAGAUGCCAACAUACCUAGCCGACCACGUCGAGCAGAACAAUCUCCAGGGGAAGCUGCGCUACAGCCUCUUCGUGGGGGCUUCGUCGGGCGCCGAGACGGAAAACAGAUGGGCUAGCCUAGACAUGAUCGAGAGGCGGACUCCUCACCAGGUCGGAAAGUCCAUCGCUAAGGGCAUCAACGAGGGCCGCAUCAACUUCUUCGACAAGCACCUGUCCAUGUUCCCCGUCGACCUCGUAUACGGGUUCUAUACCAAAGACAAGCCCGGCAACAAGCUGGAUGUGGUUGUCGUGGAGGCGACCGAGAUCUUAGAGGACGGGAGCAUUGUGCCUGGCGCGUCCGUCGGUGCCACUCCCGAGCUCAUUCAGAUGGCGGAUAAGAUCAUCAUCGAGGUCAACACGGCGAUCCCGAGCUUCAAGGGUCUGCACGACAUCACAAUGACGGAUCUGCCUCCCCGGCGGAAACCGUACCUGAUCAUGGGAGUCGAGGACCGCAUCGGGAAAACCUCGAUCCCCAUCGACACAGAGAAGGUUGUCGGCGUCAUUGAGUCCGACUAUCAGGACCAGACCCUGCCCAACUCGCCUGCCGACGACACCUCCAAGGCCAUUGCUGGCCACCUUAUCGAAUUCUUCGAGCACGAGGUGCGCCACGGCCGCCUGCCCGCCAACCUGCUGCCGCUGCAGUCCGGCAUCGGCAACAUUGCCAAUGCUGUCAUCGGCGGGCUGGCCGACUCCAGCUUCAAGAACCUCAACGUCUGGACCGAAGUCAUUCAGGACACCUUCCUGGAUCUGUUUGACUCGGGCCGCCUGGACUUCGCUACGGCUACGUCGAUCCGGUUCUCGCCUACGGGUUUUGAGCGCUUCUACAGCAACUGGGAGAGCUACGAGAACAAGCUGCUCCUGCGCUCGCAGCAGGUCAGCAACUCGCCCGAGAUCAUCCGCCGGUUGGGCGUCAUCGGCAUGAACACGCCAGUCGAGGUGGACAUGUACGCGCACGCCAACUCGACCUGCGUCAUGGGCAGCCGAAUGCUCAACGGGCUCGGCGGCUCGGCCGACUUCCUGCGCAGCUCAAAGUACAGCAUCAUGCACACGCCGUCGACGCGCCCGACCAAGACGGACCCCCACGGCGUCAGCUGCAUCGUGCCCAUGUGCACCCACGUCGACCAGACCGAGCACGAUCUCGACGUCAUCGUCACCGAGAACGGCCUCGCCGACGUCCGCGGACUCAGCCCCCGCGAGCGCGCCCGCGUCAUCAUCGACAAGUGCGCCCACGACGUCUACAAGCCCAUCCUCACCGCAUACUUCGACAAGGCCGAGUACGAAUGCCUGCGCAAGGGCAUGGGCCACGAGCCCCACCUCCUGUGGCAGGCGUUCGACAUGCACCGCGCCCUGAGCGAGGAGGGAAGCAUGCAGAAGGUGAAGCCCUGGUAGAUUAUAGACGGACGGGCCCAGGGAAAUUCUGGAUACCUAGGGUCGGAGUUGGUCGUGCAUUAUAGUGCGCAUCUUUCUGGUCUCGGAAAAAGGAAAUCAAAGAACUCUUGUAGCAUCACUGCUGGUUGGUGGGAGCAUGUCAUGUCAGGCCGGGUUUGGGCCAGGUUCAGGUCAUUCUGGAUGGCGAGUUAAGUCCCAGGCGGGCGUGAUGGACGAAAUGUGUGUGGCGGCGUGCGUGUGUUGAAAGCAGCAGGGGGGGCGAGCGAUCUUUAUCUUUUCCC